GCGCUUUGAUGACGUCUGUCUAAUGGCCGCUCUCACUGUGUAGUGCAGGGUUUAUGCAUUUUUCCGGUCGAGAAAAACAAGAACCCCAGACAGGUCGCGCAUUGUUUGAACACAGUCACCCCAAGGAGAGAGACCGGGCGACUCCCUACACUGAGACCCUGUCUCCUGAGACUCUGUGGUUUGAAAGAGUUCUUGCUGAUGGAUACGCCUGAGAGCCCCACCCAGUCCCCACAAUCUCCUGAGGAGGAGGAGGAAAAGGGUCUCUCCGACAACGAGCUGCUGGAGUCGCCCGAGUCCCCAGCAGAAGUAGAUAAGGGAGUGUCAGACAGUGAGCUUUUGAAUGAUGAUGAGAAUGAAGUACAGGAGGGUGGAGGAGACUCAGAUUUUGAGGAUGGAGACAGGGUAGCAGCUGGACGAGAAGAUCCUGAGGACGUAUCAGACCUGGAAGACUACAAGAUGGACCGGGAGGAGAGAGAAGACGUCCACCAACAAGACCUCGGUUUGACGGUCCGAGGAAGCAGACAGGAUGCUAGCCAGUCUCCUGAGGAGGAAAUCCUUGAGACGCCGAGAUCACCUGAUCCUGACUCGCCAGGGCCAGAACACAAGCGACCUUUCACCCCAGCAGAAGAGGAGCGAGACAAGGAGGAUGAGGCAACCACCAAGUCUGGCCUCGGCCGUGCUGAGCUUGAGGAAGAGGAUGAUGAGGAAGAAGAGAGGAGGAGGCGGAGGAGGGCGGCAAUGGUAGUAAAUGAUUUGAAGGACGAAUCUUCUGUGUCCAGAGAUCUGGACGAACAUGAGUUGGAUUAUGACGAGGAGGUUCCAGAAGAGCCGAGUGCUGCUGCUCCUGAGGAGGACGAGGGAGAGAAGGGUCCCGCCGGGGAGGAUGGAGAAGAUGAUGAAGAGGAGGAGAGAAGACGGAAGAAAAAGGAAAGAAAACCAAUUUUGCCCCCAGAUAACGACACACCGCUAAGAAAAUCUGCGGACUCGAGGGAGGGAGGCAGGAGAGAUUCGUUCCGUGAUAAAAAGAAAGAGGAAGAUGAUGGAGAGAUUGAUGAGGGAGAGAUAGAUGAUGAUGAUCUUGAGGAGGGGGAGGUGAAGGACCCCAUGGACAGGAAGAUCAGACCCCGACCCAUCUGCAGGUUUUUUAUGAAAGGCAACUGCACCUGGGGCAUGAUCUGUAGGUUCAUCCAUCCAGGAGUCAAUGAUAAAGGCAACUACUCUCUCAUCUCCAAGCCAGAUCCCUUCUCUCCUAACGGAGCACCUCCUGGAGGAGGUGGACCUCACCCCCUCAUGCCCGCUAACCCCUGGGGAGCCCCUGCCGUAGAAGAGUUGCCUCCUCCUCCACCUCCUCUAGAUCCUCCAGUAGAGAGCGCCUGGGAAAGAGGCCUUAGACAUGCCAAAGAGGUGUUGAAGAAAGCCACCAUCCGUAAAGAGCAGGAACCAGACUUUGAGGAAAAACGUUUCACCGUAACCAUAGGUGAAGAUGACCGUGACUUUGACAAAGAAAAUGACUUCUUCAGGGAACGCGGCUAUCGUAUCACCAGAGAAAUCAGAGAUGCUGGUGAUAUUGAGCUCAGAGAUCCAGGUUAUGGUGAUCCAUAUGGUGACCCAUACUAUGAUUAUGAGAUGGAAGCUUUUUGGCGAGGAGGCCAGUAUGAGAAUUUCCGUGUGCAGUACACUGAGACCCCACUGCCAUACUAUCCUGUGAGAGCGGGAACGAGAUCCACACGAGCGCCACCGCGAAAGGGAACGGGAGCGUGAGAGAGACCACCGUGAGCGGGAGCGCAGACAGAGAGAGCGAGAAAGGGAGAGAGAGCGGGAAC